AGUUUCAAAGGCGGGGGGAGGGAGCCUUGUAAUGGCGAGGUCGGGUCUGGCUCCUUCAAAUAUGGAGGUCUUGAGCCGUUUAGGAAGAAAGCCUGUGCGGAGGGAGUGGUGGUUUCAGUGCAUGGCUAUGAUGACUCUGGAGACCAGGGUCUGAUUGCCAGCUCGGCCAUGGAAACCCACUGGGAGCCCUUGGCCUUCAAGAAGUCACACUCUCUCAGCCUCCUCAGGGGAAGAAGGCAAGGGCAAACCCUCUGAACAAAUCUUGUCAAGAAAACCCCUUGAUAGGAUCGCCAGAAGUUGGAGAUGACUUGAAGGCACGCAACGACAACAACAACGAAGCCAUUUAGGACUUUGAUGGUCAGCACAAGCAACUUGAAUCCAAACUGGAAGUCAGAUGUGAUUGACAUGGUCUGCUUCUGGGUGGCCAUCUGUUGGAGGCGCUUUGGUAGGGAGUCCCUGCAUGGCAGGAUGGGUUGGCCUGUCUUUCUGGCCCCGUGCUCUCUUCCAAUUCUGUGAUGAUGAUGAUUCUCCCUAGGAAUCUCUGGCGGCGCACGGAGUCCGGAAGUGAGAGCCGCAAAGGAUGCCUUACCUCUAGAGCGCCAGCACUUUGGGAAAGGAAGUUCCCCAUCCCCCUCGAAAGGCAAUGACCCGGAAGGGCUUGGCGGGGAGGUCGCUCAUCAUCAUCAUCAUCCUAGUGGUGGAAUCCGUGAUGAUGAACUAAGUGAGAGCCUGCGGCUGGCUCUCUUUCUGUAAAUAUGCCAUACAUCACUUCCAUGGGAGUCUAGAAUUCAAAGACAGAGCUGUUUCUUCUAAUUAGGCCUAAAACCUGCAUUUAAUUUAAGCCAAUGCACUGGUAACCUCAUACUAAACAUCCUUGGUUGUUAACUGCCCUGGAGUCGAUCUCAACCCAUGGUGACCCUGCAGAUGAGACACCUCCAAGACCCCUGUCCUCUGCUGUUCUGCUCAGGUCCUGCAAAGUCACACCUGUGGCCUCCUUCAUAGAGUCCAUCCAUCUGGCUGUAGUGCUAAUACUGUGGUGGCAGCCUCAUGGCGAUGUUAGGCAGACAGCAGGUGCAAGAGAAGGUGCUCCAGUAUGAAGCCUUUAUCACUGACGUUCUUCAGAGGGAUCUCCAGAAGGUGUUGGAACAGCGGGAUGAAGUCUAUGAAAAGAUCGCUCAGUACCUGAAGCUCAAGAAUGUUAUUGAACGAUUACAGGAAACAGAAGGUCAAGAGCUAAAGACUCAAGUGGACUUAGGGUGCAAUUUCUAUGUCAAUGCAGAAGUGCCAGACACGUCCACCAUAUUUGUAGCACUGGGUUAUGGUUUCUUUGUGGAGUUGACGUUUCCUGAGGCUCUUGCCUUCAUUGAGAAGAAAAACAAGCUUCUUACAGAGCUCAGUGAAGCCCUCACAAAAGAGUCUGUGAAGAUCAAAGCUAAUAUCCGUAUGGUUUUAGAGGGCUUGCGUGAACUCCAGGGUCUUAAGGAUCUUCCUGAGGAGACCAGAAGAGACAUCUUCCUUUGAGCAGCUAUCCUCUCCUAUCCUGAGGGGAUAGUUUCCAUUUCUGAUGUGCUGGAAGAAAAGUUGAUCUCUUGGGCAUUUUGGUGGCAGUGGGAGCUGCACCUGUAGCUGGAGGAGCACUUCUGAUUGUGAUGUUAGAUAGUGAUAGCUUGCAGAGUGCAGGUGCGGUAGUGAGCAGUUUCUUGUGGGGCAGGAUAGUCUGGUUGAACUCUAUCCCACAUAUUCACCUGCUCCCUGUGGCACUAUUAGUGCAAGUUCAUCUCAUUUGUGACAUUAAUAAAGAGUCUGCUUUUUGUCAGACUGUAUUUUG